CUUUACAGCGAUCCCGGCUUUCCAGAGCUGGAAUUUAGCGGAAAUCCGACCCUCGGCGCCGGAUACAGUCCUUUGCUCCUUGCAAGAACACAAGACUUCAAGCUAUUUAUACGGAGACAUAUAUCUAUAUAUUUUUUGUUUCAAAAUAGAAGAAUUCUUCAGCACGAGGAAGGAAAGCCAAAAGCCUCUGAGGCAGGAUCGAGCCUCCGCUGCGAAAUCCGGGGGAGUUAGGGGAGCGACUCCAGUCCGCCCUGCAGAUGAAUCAGCUAACCUGGCGCCCGGUACCAACCAACGCGAGCUGAGGGACCUGCUCUGAGCGGACUCUUGCUGGCCGCCAUGCCGCCCCGCCCGUCGUCGGGGGAGCUCUGGGGCCUCCACCUGAUGCCCCCCCGCAUCCUGGUGGACUGCUGCCUGCCCAACGGGAUGAUCGUCACGCUGGAGUGCCUGCGGGAGGCCACGCUGAUCAGCAUCAAGCACGAGCUCUUCCGCGAAUCCCGCAAGUACCCGCUCUUCCACCUCCUGCAGGAUGAGUCCUCGUACAUCUUUGUGGGAGUGACCCAGGAGGCCGAGAGGGAGGAGUUCUAUGACGAGACGAGAAGGCUCUGUGACCUGAGGCUCUUUCAGCCACUACUGAAGGUGAUUGAGCCAGUGGGAAACAGGGAAGAAAAGAUCCUCAACCGGGAGAUAGGCUUUGCGAUUGGGAUGCCGAUAUGCGAGUUUGAGCUGGUGAAGGACUCUGAGGUGCAGGACUUCCGGCGCAACAUCCUGAGCGUCUGCAAGGAAGCUGUGGAGCUGAGGGAUGCCAGCGGGCCACAGAGCCAGUCACUCUAUGUCUACCCCCCCAAUGUGGAGUCCUCACCCGACCUGCCCAAGCACAUCUACAACAAGCUGGAUAAAGGCCGCAUAAUCGUGACAAUCUGGGUGAUCAUCUCGCCGACGAACGACAAGCAGAAGUACACACUGAAGAUCCCUCACGACUGCAUGCCGGAGCAGGUGAUCGCCGAGGCAAUCCGCAAGAAGACGCGGAGCAUGCACCUGUCGAUGGACCAGCUGAAGCUGUGCGUGCUGGAGUACCAGGGCAAGUACAUCCUGAAGGUGUGCGGCUGUGACGAGUACCUGCUGGAGAAAUACCCCAUCAGCCAGUACAAGUAUAUAAGGAGCUGCAUUAUGAUUGGCCGGUUGCCACAUCUCAUGCUGAUGUCGAAGGAGAGUCUUUACAGCCAGCUGCCAGCCAACACCUUCGUGAUGCCCUCGUACGCUCGCCGCAUCUCCACCGCGGCCACGUACAUGAACGGCGAGGUGCCCGCCAAGUCCCUGUGGUCCUUCAACAACCUGCUGAGGAUCAAGAUCCUUUGCGCUACCUACGUCAAUGUCAACAUCCGCGACAUCGACAAGAUCUAUGUUCGGACGGGGAUCUAUCACGGAGGAGAGCCGCUAUGUGACAACGUCAACACCCAGAGAGUACCCUGCUCCAACCCACGGUGGAACGAGUGGCUUUCCUACGACAUCUACCUCAUCGACAUCCCCCGAGCCGCCCGACUCUGCCUGUCCAUUUGCUCCGUCAAGGGGAGGAAGGGAGCCAAAGAGGAGCACUGUCCAUUGGCUUGGGGUAACAUCAACCUCUUUGACUACAUGGACAACCUGGUUUCUGGCAAGAUGGCUCUGAACCUGUGGCCCGUACCCCACGGAAUGGAGGACCUGCUGAACCCCAUCGGAGUGACAGGCUCCAAUCCCAACAAGGAAACCCCCUGCUUGGAGUUGGAAUUCAAUUGGUUCAGCAACUCUGUGAAGUUCCCGGAUGCUGCGGAGAUCGAGGAGCACGCCAACUGGAGCAUGUCCAGGGAGCUGGGCUUCAACUACUGCCUGGUGGGGCUGAGUAACCGGCUGGCCAGAGACAGUAACCUGACAGACAACGACAUCGAGCAGCUCCGGAAUAUCUACACCCGUGACCCGCUGUCUGAGAUCACAGAGCAGGAGAAGGACUUUCUCUGGAGGCACAGACAUUACUGUGUUAACAUACCAGAGACGUUACCCAAGUUGCUAUUAUCUGUGAAGUGGAACUCGCGGGAUGAAGUUGCCCAGAUGUACUGCCUGUUGAAGGACUGGCCCCUCAUCAAACCAGAACAGGCCCUCGAGCUGUUAGACUGCAACUUCCCCGACCCCAUGGUGAGAGAGUUCGCUGUGAACUGCCUGGUUAAAGGGCUAACUGACGAUCGCCUGUCCCAAUACCUCAUCCAACUUGUCCAGGUUCUGAAGUACGAGCAAUAUUUGGACAAUCCCCUGGGCAGGUUCCUGCUGAAGAAAGCCCUGACCAACCAGAGGAUAGGACACUUCUUUUUCUGGCAUCUCAAGUCAGAAAUGCACAACAAGACGGUGAGCCAGCGUUUCGGGCUGCUGCUGGAGUCGUUCUGCCGAGCUUGCGGGAUGUACCUGAAGCACCUGAUCCGCCAGGUGGAGGCCAUGGAGAAGCUGAUCAACCUGACCGACAUCCUGAAGCAGGAGAAGAAAGACGAGACCCAGAAGAUGCAGAUGAAGUUCCUGGUGGAGCAGAUGAGCCGGCCCGACUACAUGGAGGCUCUGCAGGGGUUCAUCUGUCCCCUUAACCCAGUGCACCAGCUGGGAAACCUGAGGCUGGAGGAGUGUAGAAUCAUGUCCUCGGCCAAGCGACCCCUCUGGCUGAACUGGGAGAAUCCAGACAUUAUGUCGGAGCUGCUCUUUACCAACAAUGAAAUCAUCUUCAAGAACGGCGAUGACCUACGACAGGACAUGCUAACACUACAGAUUAUUCGGAUUAUGGAGAACAUCUGGCAGAACCAGGGGCUGGACCUAAGGAUGCUGCCGUAUGGAUGCCUGUCGAUCGGGGAUUGUGUGGGACUGAUAGAGGCCGUGCGGAGUUCACACACCAUCAUGCAGAUCCAGUGCAAAGGCGGGCUGAAAGGUGCCCUGCAGUUCAAUAGCCACACCCUGCACCAGUGGCUAAAGGACAAGAACAAGGGCGAGGCUUACGACGCUGCCAUCGACCUGUUCACUCACUCCUGCGCCGGGUACUGCGUCGCCACGUUCAUCCUGGGCAUCGGAGACCGACACAACAGUAACAUUAUGGUGAAGGAUGAUGGACAGCUCUUCCACAUCGACUUUGGCCACUUCCUGGACCACAAGAAGAAGAAAUUCGGCUACAAGCGUGAGCGGGUGCCCUUCGUCCUGACGCAGGACUUCCUGAUCGUCAUCAGUAAGGGUGCACAGGAAUGCACCAAAACCAAGGAGUUUGAGCAGUUCCAGGAGAUGUGUUACAAAGCCUAUCUUGCCAUCCGGCAGCACGCCAACCUCUUCAUCAACCUCUUCUCCAUGAUGCUGGGCUCGGGGAUGCCGGAGCUGCAGUCCUUUGACGAUAUCGCCUACAUCCGCAAGACCCUGGCGCUGGACAAGACCGAGCAGGAGGCGCUGGAGUACUUCACCAAGCAGAUGAAUGAUGCCCACCAUGGAGGCUGGACAACAAAAAUGGACUGGAUCUUCCACACCAUUCGCCACAUGCCCUGAGUGGAGGGGGACAUUUCGACCAAGGGAGUUGACGAAGAUGACUUGUUCUCCAAAGUCAGACGCCCUGCAGGCAAGGGACCAGUCACUGCUGACUUCAACUAAGGUUACCUUGGGAACCAGAAUCCUUCUUGCCCUGGGACUGGACGCAACCAGUCUCUACCAUUACACGUUGAACUUCUUGCACCAGUGAGGACCUUGAGCCCUGAAUCUGGUCUGGGUGAGUUUUUUUUCCUUCUUUUCUCUGCUUCAGCUGAGCACCAGACAGGUGCCCAUGAGAAAGAAGAUGAUCUUGAGACUGUGUUCUCACUCUACGGAUGAACGGAGGCGGGGGGGGGGGGGGGGGCGGGGAAGGCUGCAGACAAUGAGCAUGGAACACUCUGAAAUCCGAAGGAACCUCAUCUGCUGAAGCAUUUUUCAUUUUGUUCUGAAGCAACACGGUGUAUUCAUCUCCUGGCUUCCUCGUCCCCUGCAGAGUGGGAGGCAGGGACUGCGAGGGAGGUGCCUCCAUCAAAACCUUCCUCACUGUGUAAGCUGCGCAGGGGAGGACGGCUCCAACUAUUAAUGAAGGAGGGAGCAGAGGAUUUCUGCGCUUGUGCGCUCGUACGCUGAGCUGCCAAAGGUUUCCAUGGAAGGGUUUAUGGUUGAACAUGUUAGUUUGGCCCAGCUUGGCACUCCCUGUGGAGUGAGCCACUAAGGAACGGCAGUGUCCUUAAAACCCCUUAAGCAACGGCGAUGGAAUGUGUAGAUUAUACAAAGUCUAUUUAUUGGAGGCAUCGGCCCAUUUGACCGAAGAUAACGUUUUUUUUUGUGGCCUCUGUUGGUUUGGUUGGCUGAUGGGAUGGUUGGUGUUGGCCAAUCCACAUUAGGUUGGGUUGACCUGUGUUGCCUCCAUUGAAUGGGAUUUACAUGGAUUGUUGGCUAGACUUGGUUCAAUUUGGUAUGUGGUUGGGCUGGCUGGCUUCUGUUGAGUUGGAGUUGAGUUAGGUUGGGUACUCUGUCGACUAUCUGGCCUUUGUUGGGUUGGGCUUAAGUGGGCCAGUGUUGGUUAGUACUGAAAUGUUGUUGGGGUCCUAGACUGGCUGUUUAAUGGCUUAAACUCCAGUUAGAUCGACCGUUAAGAUGGACUGGUUGACCUUGGUUUUGCUGAGCUGAGAUGGGUUGGCAAACUAAAUUAGGUCUGGGCAGGACUCUUUGGGGUUGGAAGCACUCAAUUAAUUGUUUUUGGGUUGGAAUCCCUUGGCAAUUCUCUCGCUCUGUUUGUUGAAACUAUCAUAAAAUCUUUCCCUACCACCCUUUUUGGAGCAGAAGGACAGGAGGGUAAUCGAGCGGUCCCUCCCUGUUCAGCGAUACCCUCCUUUUGCACUUUUUCCCAUUUGUGUGAAUCGAAAGUGCUCCCGUGAAGGAAAACUGGAGAAAAACUGAUGGCUCUGGGAGAUCUCCCUGGCUACCAAUGAAGAAAUCUUGUUCAUCUCCUAUCCGACAGAGAUACCUGACAUUGAAGGGAUAAGCCAGGAGGGAACCGUCAUGAAGUCUCCAUCGGGCUGCACUGAGUUCUCAGAUAGAGUUAAUGCAAAUAUCUACAAGUAUUAAAAGCAAAUGCUGAAUUUUUUUGAGGGAGGGGAUUGGGGCUGGGGAAAUGGAGUGAGGGGCUGUUCUCUUGGGAAUACAAAAGCAUUUCUGAGAAUAUAUUCUGUAGUUAGGGUCGGGUUUAAUAAAUGCUUGUUUGUCAUAGCAGUCUAACUAUGGUACUGCUGAGAUUUAAAUGAAAACCAGUUUACCUCGAGGGAGAACAGUCCUUUCUUCUCCAUCCCCUCUACAACUCAACCUCAUAACUUCUCAGUCGAAGCCUCUGCACCCACUUUGAAAUGCAGUGACCAGAAUUGGAAGUAAUCCACCUUUGACCUAACUUGUGAUUUAUAAAGGGUUUACCAUUGCAUCACUGCUUUUUGCUUUAUUUAUUAAAGCUAAGCAUCCCAUUAAUGCUCUUUUUUUAUAUGUAAACUGUGUCAUUGACUUCAUUUUUCUGCUUCAAAGGUGUUUGCUUUCAAAAUUGCUCGAAAUGGAAAUUGCUUAUCACUCCUACCCCCCUCAUCCUGAGUCUACUGUGCUGUGAUGGAGGCUGUUGACAGCCUUUCGAAUAUCACUGCCCACUUUGCUUUGCCUUGCAAGUAUGAAGGGUCAAGUGUAGAAUUUGGGGGGUGGUGGUGGUGGGAGGGAUAACAAACCUGUGUUUGAGUGGUCUGUGCAAAAGGUCUGCAUGUUGUAAGCUCUUUCAGUUCCAAGGAAAGUUCAGUUGGCAGCGCUGUAUCGGAUUCUGCUGAAAGACUAAUGACCUGAGUCAUGCACCAUCCACCAUGGGUGCUGACUGACUAUUUCCAGUAUUUUCUGCCUCACACCUCAGCACCAUCGUGCCUGAGAAUUCGUUUGAAUGUGAACUAGAUAUUCAGCUGUGGUAGGUUUCCUUUUUGAUCCCAACACAAGUCAGUAUGAGAUAAUUCUAUUGAACCUCAGGUGGUGAGGCAGCUCUACUGAGAGCCCAUGGGUUGUGUCUGACCCCGGGAGUGUGUGAUAGGACAGUGCGGAGGGAGCUUCACUCUGUGUCUGACCCUGGGAGUGUGUGAUAGGACAGUGCGGAGGGAGCUUCACUCUGUGUCUGACCCUGGGAGUGUGUGAUAGGACAGUGUAGAGGGAGCUUCACUCUGUAUCUGACCCUGGGAGUGUGUGAUGGGACAGUGUGGAGGGAGCUUCACUCUGUGUCUGACCCUGGGAGUGUGUGAUGGGACAGUGUGGAGGGAGCUUCACUCUGUGUCUGACCCCGGGAGAGUGUGAUGGGACAGUGUGGAGGGAGCUUCACUCUGUGUCUGACUCCGGGAGAGUGUGAUAGGACAGUGUAGAGGGAGCUUCACUCUGUGUCUAACCCCGGGAGAGUGUGGAGGGAGCUUCACUCUGUGUCUGACACUGGAAGUGUGUGAUAGGACAGUGUGGAGGGAGCUUCACUCUGUGUCUGACCCCGGGAGUAUGUAAUGGGACAGUGUGGAGGGAGCUUCACUCUGUGUCUGACCCUGGGAGUGUGUGAUGGGACAGUGUGGAGGGAGCUUCACUCUGUGUCUGACCCCGGGAGAGUGUGAUGGGACAGUGUAGUGGGAGCUUCACUCUGUGUCUGACCCUGGGAGUGUGUGAUAGGACAGUGUGGAGGGAGCUUCACUCUGUGUCUGACCCCGGGAGAGUGUGAUAGGACAGUGUAGAGGGAGCUUCACUCUGUGUCUGACCCCGGGAGAGUGUGAUGGGACAGUGUAGAGGGAGCUUCACUCUGUAUCUGACCCUGGGAGUGUGUGAUGGGACGGUGUAGAGGGAGCUUCACUCUGUGUCUGACCCCGGGAGAGUGUGAUGGGACAGUGUAGAGGGAGCUUCACUCUAUGUCUUACCCUGGGAGUGUGUGAUGGGACGGUGUAGAGGGAGCUUCACUCUGUGUCUGACCCCGGGAGUGUGUGAUGGGACAGUGUGGAGGGAACUUCACUCUGUGUCUGACCCUGGGAGUGUGUGAUGGGACGGUGUAGAAUGAGCUUCACUCUGUAUCUGACCCUGGGAGUGUGUGUUGGGACAGUGUAGAGGGAGAGUCACUCUGUGUCUGACCCUGGGAGUGUGUGAUGGGACAGUGUGGAGGGAGCUUCACUCUGUGUCUGACCCUGGGAGUGUGUGAUGGGACGGUGUAGAGGGAGCUUCACUCUGUGUCUGACCCUGGGAGUGGGUGAUGGGACAGUGCGGAGGGAGCUUCACUUUGUACCUACCUGUGCUGUCCCACCUUGGCUGCCUGGUUGUGUGUGACAGGGUAAUGAAGAGGGAACUUUACCCUCUCUUACCCCUGCGCUGGGAGUGCAGCAGUGUAGAUUGGGGUUUGCCAGCCUUUUUUAUGCCAUGGACCCCUACCAUUAACUGAUGGGUCUGUGGGUCCCAGGUAGGGAACCCCUGGUGUAGAGGGAGCUUAACAGCAUUUGUUACCUAUGCUGUCCCUGUCCUGGGAGAGUAUAAAACCCUCACUGGGUUCCUGUUUGAGUAACUUAUAUGUUGCUUAAUUUUGACUACCCUCCCUCACUUUGAAGUCAAUAUAUUUUUCAAUCAAAAUCUAUUUGUUCAAAUCUUUGAACGGUAAAUGUAAAAGAUGAAGGUCUUUUGGUCCCGAUGACCUGUGGAGAUUUCCAGGAGCCAGUUUUCUUGGGCUUUUAACAGCGAUGCUAUGGGUGCAAUUUCAGCUGUGAUGUUACUGUGGCCACAUCGAAGCCAUGGGAAUGGUGGUAUCCCUUGGGUUGGGGGGUAGGUGUUGGAGGAGGGGGGAACUAUGUUUGUGGGGUUAUCGUGGGUUGGAGGAAUCAGGAAUCCGUCUGCUGGAGUGUUCAGAAGAACAACUAACCACAAACUUAGAAAAUAAUUGUCAAUGCAAUGUGUGCUUUUUCUGGUCUGGUUUCAGGGUAAGGUGCUUCCAGGACACCCCAUAUUCUCUCAUUCUCUCUCUCCCUUUCUCUCCGUCUCUCUCUCUCUCUCGCCCGCUCCCAGUUUCUGUCUCCUGUGUGUGUGUGUCUCUGUCUCUCUGCCUCCCCCUUUUCUUUCCCCUUGUUCCUUCCCAGCACCUUGGCCUUCUUUCCCCUUCUAUGUGGGGCAGCGCUGUUGUUUCAGUAACGGGGGAGGCUGGGGGAGUGGAUGGGGUGGGGGCGGAAGUUUGCCAGCUCUCCAUCCACUUCCCCACCUUGCUACUGCAUGUGCAUGUGAACGGGGCAGUGAUAACAGGGUCCUGUCGCCAGUGGCUUACUCUAUUCCUGUUUCAUUUUUCUCUGUGUGCGUUUUAACGAGCCCUGCAAAUUAAUCCUGAUUCAGAUGUCAGUGUGAAUGAGGCUGCUGUGUAAUCUCACCACGGAUACUGUACAUGUGUGUUUUUAAUUAAUUAAUUAAAAAGAUAUUGUAUUUGCACUUUGCAAAGAGAAAAACCUUGUACAAAUGUAAAGUCAGACCAAGAGCACUACACGCCUUUGGGCCAUGCGUGGCGUUUUAAUAAAGAUACCGGCUAUUGUUCUAAAA